UUACAGGUAUCGGAAACGAAGGUGUAUAAACGAAGAUGGUUGAUCCUGAUACUAUUCGUGCUGUACAGCGCGAGCAACGCGAUGCAAUGGAUCCAAUACAGCAUCAUAUCGAACAUCGUGAUGUCGUAUUACAACGUCUCAAGCCUGUUGGUGGACAUGACCAGCAUGAUAUACAUGAUAACUUACAUUCCGUUCAUCUUCCCGGCUAGCUAUCUUCUCGACAGAUUCGGACUGAGGUUCGCCGCACUGGCCGGCGCGAUCGGCACGACGCUCGGUUCCUGGAUAAAAGUGGCCAGCGUCAGUCCGGAUCGAUUCUGGAUCACUUUCAUCGGUCAAGCAUCCGUCGCCGUGAGUCAAACGUUCGUCUUAUCAGUGCCAGCCCGUUUAGCGGCUGUUUGGUUCGGCCCGGAUCAAGUCAGCAGUGCUUGCAGCAUCGGCGUUUUUGGGAAUCAGUUAGGAAUAGCCAUCGGUUUCCUGUUUCCACCGAUGCUGGUACAGAACAGCGAAGACAUGAACAUUGUUGGUCGAGGACUGCAAGUGAUGUUUUACAUAGUGGCCACUUUCACCACGAUCAUCCUCGUUCUCAUCGCCUUGUUUUUCAAAGCCGAGCCACCGUUACCACCGAGUACGGCUCAGGCCGUACAAAGGGACUCGGAUACUCCCGCAAAUUUCUUCCUCUCUGUAAAGAAGCUAGUCACAAACGUCGGGUACCUGUUGCUGCUGCUCAGUUAUGGCAUCAACGUCGGCGUGUUUUACGCGAUCAGCACGCUGCUCAAUCGCAUCGUUCUUCAAUAUUUUCCUGGUCACGAACAGGACGCUGGGAGGAUCGGUUUGACCAUCGUUUGCGCUGGGAUGUUGGGCUCUGUUAUGUGCGGCAUAGUACUCGAUAAAACGCAUAGGUUCAAAGAGACGACGUUGGGAGUCUACAUUCUGUCUUUCAUAGGCAUGAUCAUCUUCACAUUUACGUUGGACUCUGGUUACAUAUACGUUCUCUACAUAACUGCUGGUAUGCUAGGAUUUUUCAUGACUGGCUACCUUCCCGUGGGUUUCGAAUUCGCGGCGGAGCUGACGUACCCAGAACCGGAGGGUACAUCCGCCGGAUUGCUGAACGCCGUGUGCCAGGUGUUCGGCAUAAUCUUCACGAUCCUCUACAGUUGCGCGCUGGACUAUCUGGGCGACUUUUGGGCAAACAUAUUCCUCUGCAGCACACUGGCUUUCGGCACUCUCCUCACCGUCAUCAUUCCCAACGAUCUUCGAAGGCAGAAAGCCAAGUUGUAAGCGCUGGACCGUUUAUCGUCGAAGAUCGGCAAGUAUAAAGCUACGCACGGUCGACUAGUCUCCUUUGUGAUCGAUUAAUCCGAGUUGAAAGAAGAGAAUAUUUUUUAUUAAGACGGACGAUUAAUUAUUUAAGGCUGCCUGAGUUUAAAGAGUGGCAAGUAAAAUCCCUUCUUUAGCUCGUGUCUACUGUUAUUAUUAUCAUUGUUAAUUUAUUUUUAUAUUUAAUCGUUCUGUUGGGUAUAAAUGAUGUAAAGACAGGCAGAUUAAUUCUAAGAAAAUCUUAACGAGGGCAAUAUAAAACGACAAGCUAUUUUCGAGCAUGUCUCACGAAUCUAAUUUCAAUUUGAAAAAUUGAUAAUAAAAACGGUAGAGCAGACAAUAACGCGUCGGGCAUGGUUCAAGAUCUGAGUUGUUGGAAGGUUCCCUCGAUUUAGUGCCAACGAGAAUGCUUCCGGAUACGUGACAUUCGAGUUAAGAUGUAAUCCGUUUCGUUUCUUGUUCCCCAGUGAUUCUACCACUUGGUCAAAUGGCACGAGUCUCACAUUGUGUUCUGAACAUGUCACAGGUUCUCCCGUUUCUUCCGCGUAGUCUUAAGAAUUGCCCAUAAUUUCCGAAAGACAUUCCAAAACUCUUUCUUACCACUAAGAGUUUCAUGAAACAAAGUAGCCCGACGAUUUUUGCUUCGAACUUAUUUAACGAAUUGUCAGUUUAGACAUUAACUCGGGUUUUGAAAUCGUAAGUAACGCACGUUAGUAUGAGAGUGUUUAGUAUUUUUAUGAAUCAGCCAUUCCGAACGGGAAACUGAACGACAUAGUGAGAAGUUUAGAAUAGUAUUUCGUGGAACGAAACGAAAAUCUGCGAUAUCACAGAUGAUAUAUGAUACGCUCGUAGCGUUUAGAUUGUUGGAAAAAUACGAUUACGGUGCUGUGCACCUAAUUAAUACGUAAAAUCUACUUAUUCUUGUUAAUGUAUGUGUUAAUCAAUGAAAUUGAACACGUAGAGUAGGUAUUUAAAAUCUUAGCGAAUCACACGAAAGCCUAAAAUUAACGAAACACGAUAAGCACAAGAUUUUCAAUUUCCUUUUUUUUAGCGACUAUUUCGUUUGAUCAUUUGCAACAAGACUGACGCAAGAGGGUAAAAGAAAUUACGAACGAUGAGAUGUAACGACCAGCAUUAUAAAUAUUUUAUUACCUUAAGUUUAAUGAAAUUAAUUUAGUGAAAAUGAAUGGCACAAGUCGUUCCCAUCUUUAAAUUGGCAAUAACAUUACUUUACGCUGCCUGUGAACAUUUUCAAAAUUUUACUCACCUCAGUUUUGCCUAUUCUCAAAAGAGAAUAUUGUAACAUUUUUUCAUUACAAGUAUUUCUAUGCCACACGAUAUUUCUAUGUGGAGGGUAAUAAUUUCUUAGUUAUUCUGUGACCUAGAAACGCGCCACUGGAAAAGUGAAUUGGCUGAGCAACUCGAUUUACUAGCUGAUCGACUUGAGAUUCUUAAUUAAAAUUGCUCCGGCAGCGAACCAGCGUUAGGGAAAAAUCAAUUAUCGUCGCGCGAAUAGACCGUUCUGUGGCGACCUAAACUGAUAUCAGAAAUUGAUUUCCCUAUCAAUCGUGGAAAGAUUGUUUCUCAGGUGCUGUUCAAGUAUUAUUCGACGUCACAUUUUUCGACUGUAUCAUUCGUUUGGUGCCAAUUUUCUGUGGAACAAUUCGUUUCGAAGUAUACGACACGACAAUAAUGAUUGUACCUCCGUGUACGAACUAAACUAAAGUAUUAUACGUGCGGAUAUGUCGUAGCCGUAAUUGUUGUAGAAUUGUUAUCACCGAUCUAUGUGUGCUAUUUUUUAUAGGAACGUAUUAUAUCGUGUGUCCUAAAGUUGCGGGGGCCAUAAGUUCGAGAAUAAUCGACAAUAAAAAAUAUAUUAGUAAGGGACUUAAGGAGCAUCGACACAGGGCGUAAUUUUCUUCUAUUUUUGUAAGAGUCUCUGUAGUACAAACGAAACGAGGAUUGCAACAUAUUUUCUUUCAGAGUAAUUCUAUAUCUUUCAUAUACACAUAUAUAUAUACAUAUAUAUAUACAUAUAUCAAUAUUUUCUUGUUUAAAGAAUACGUCAGAGCAACAAGUUAGAAGAAAUUUCGAAACUAAUAUAUUUUUCAAUGAUGUUAGUCAAUUAUAAUUAUCACCGAUUGUUAUAUUUUGAUGAACGGUUCGAAAGAGAUGAUGGCACACGCGUAUAUAUGUAGUUGUGUAUGCGGAUUUGUUUCCUUGAAAUAGUAAGAAGAAACGUGUGCAUGUAUAUUUUAUCUAAAAGCGUUGUAUCCUUGUGCAAGAUGUUCAAGCACGUGUUUUAUGAAUUGAAGAUCAACUUUUUCGCUAUGUACCUGAACUGUUCUCCACAAUAUCUGUUUCCAUCGAACGUUCUCAGACACGAAUUUCGAUAAUCAAUGGAAAUGCAAUUUAGAGAUUAAUGGAAUAAAUUGUAUUCUACUGUUUAAGAUUUUUAGUGUUAGAAGAUCGUCUUUAUUUUUAAAUGCAAAAUAGCGAAAGGGUUGACGAGUUCAAAUGUUAUAACGAUAGUUAUACCUGGAUGUGAUGUGAAGGACAAUAUUAAGUAACUGUUAACGUGUGCUAGUUUAUAAAAUAUACAUAUAUAUUAUAUAUACAUACCUGUUGUUGAACGAUUCAUUAUAUAUAUACGUGUA